AGAUCCUUCUAGUAGUUUCCGGCGUGCGACUGACCUCACGUCCUCGUCGACCAGAAGUGGAGGUAUCGAUAAGUCGUCUUCGUUCUCUGAUUUUUUCGUCCCCACAAAUUUCUUCGAGGCAAUCAUGGUUUUCGAAAAGAAAAUGCUGACACACGGAGACCCCGACGACGAGGAAGAAGAUGCACCUGCUGAAGAGGAAGAGGAGGAGGAAGAAGAGGAAGACCUGGUGGACCCUUUGGAAACGGUACGGGCCAAGUGCGAGCAGUCUGAACACUGUGCGCACUACAAAGAGCGUCUGGAGGCCUGUGAAGCCCGGGUCAACUCCAGAUCCAACACCACGGAGGACUGUACAGAAGAACUCUUUGACUUCCUGCAUGCACGGGACCAUUGUGUAGCACACAAGCUGUUCCACAAUGUGAAGUGACGUGACUGCCCAGUUCCCAUUUGGUUUACCAGUAGACUCUAUUUAACUGUUAGAAUUGUAAAAUAAUUGCCACACUUAAGUCUUAGUUCUUUGACUAGGCACAUACCAACUGCUCGUGUAGAGUGAAUGUUUGUCAGCAGAGCUGUACACGUUUGCAAAGACGAGUUCAGACUGUCAUUUAUAUGGUCAGAUCAUAUGCAAAAGCAAGUAUGCUGCUCCACUAAUGGGGUUUCUCAGGUUUGCUCAAGGAUCAAUGGUUCCGAUCAGGAAAUAAAGGCCUGCUUUGGUUA